AUGGAACAUCAUCAGCAUCGUUUGAGUGGCGACACGGGCAGCAACUACCCAGAGUUGUACGCGUCGUCGGCCUUCGACAUGGGCGACACCGACGACAUGCAGCUGCUCAGCACGCUCCUGGAGAUGGGCGACAUGUCCGGCGGCCAUUACCUGGAUUUCGACAUGGAAGCUUCGUCUUCCUCCUCGUCCUCCACCUCCACCUCCAGCUCCUCCUACUCCUCCUCCGACCACCUGCAGCCACCCCUCGCCGCCACGGCUGCACCAAGCAAGCGCCGUGCGGAGCAGCAACCGGCGCCCGGCGCGAAGGGGCUGAUCGGCGUGCGGACGCGUCCGUGGGGCAAGUUCGCGGCGGAGAUCCGGGACUCCACCCGGAAGGGCGCCCGGGUGUGGCUCGGCACCUUCAACACGCCCGAGGCCGCCGCCAUGGCCUACGACCAGGCCGCCUUCUCCGUGCGCGGCGCCGCCGCCGUGCUCAACUACCCCGUCGACCGCGUCCAGGAGUCGCUGCGCACCCUCGCGCUCGUCGCCGGGGGAGGGUCGCCCGUGCUGGCGCUGAAGCGUCGUCACUCCAUCCGGAAGCGGUCGCCCAACAAAGCCAAGAAGACGACGGCCAUGGCGGCGCCCGCAAAGAUGACGAAGGAGCACCUGCCCGUGCAGCAGCAGGCACAGUUCACAUCAGUCUCUGCUGCCGUGGUGGAGCUGGAGGACCUGGGCGCGGAUUACCUGGAGGAGCUACUCCGGGUGUCUUCCGACCAACAACCAUCGGCGGCGGCGAUGAUGAUUGGUUUCGAUCACUGUGUCGACGGCAACAAGUCGCUUUUCGCCAGCACCAGCACGGCCCCAACCUUGUUCCCUCACUGAAGAAGUAGCUAGUUCCCAGCUCUGCUUGCUUGAGAUAGUUUGCAAAUAGUAUCCACGCAUCCAUCGAUGAGUUUUCUCCCUUUGUUGCACCUGCAAGUUGCUGCAACAUGCCAACAACUAGCUGCUAGCUCCAUGUAUGUCGAUCGGUACGUGCGUUAUACACACGCACGUGAUUAAUCAAGAUACAAUUAUACAGGCAGAGACAUUGUAGGCAAUUUCGAUCGGGAAGAAAUCUAUAUACUACCAACAUACUCCCCGCU